UCUGAGAAAAAUCAUUCAUUCUAGUAAACCAAAAGGGUAACCCAAUCAAUCAAUCAACCCCUUUAUGGUUUCAUCAUCAAGUUUCACCCUUUCACCUUCCAUUCACUAGAAACCUCCAUUUUUAUAGCACCCAGCAGUCAAAGUUUAAACCCUGAACACCACCAUAGUUAAAAAAAGCAAAGCAAAUAGUAUAUAAAAAAAAAAACAGAGCAGAAGAGAGAGAUUGAAUUGAACUUUACUUUCUUUCUUUCAUUCAUUCUCUCUCACUCUCUCUCUGUUCUGUUCUACAUUGUUGUUGUGUCUGCACAUGAAAAGGGUUCUCCGUUGAUGAUUAUUACCCUCUGUGGUUUCAUUUGAGCUGGUGUAGCAGAAGCUACAAAUUCUUCAUCAUCAUCAUCAUCAUCUAUCUGAUCAGAACAGAACACGAUUUCAGAGGAUAAAAACCCAGAAUCGCGUUCCAGAUGGUGAAAUGUUCUUCCAUUUUCGAUGACAUCACUGGCUUUACCUUCCUCUCUCUUCGUGUUGUUCUCGCCGCCGCCAACAACAACUCAUUCUUCCUCUGAAUCCGCUUUUUCAUCACAAUGGCCACCGUUAAUGGAAUCUUGUGGAUCCUCAGAUUCCCAGUUUUGGAACUGGUGCCAAUCUGUGCUAACUUACUUCUUCUUCUUCUCUAUCUCCUUGCUGUGAUUCUGGUGCGCGUGCGGAGAAGAGUUCGAUUUGGUAAGGAGAGUAGUACGGUUGGCAAUGCCGGUGCUGGUGGUGGUGUUGAUGGAGAAGCACGUGGUGAGGUGGUUCUUCGAAUCGGGACAUGGUUCAAGUUAUCAGUGUUGUCCUGUUUCUAUGUUUUGCUGGUGCAAGUUUUUGUGUUGGGGUUUGAUGGGGUUGCUUUGAUUAAGAGAGGGUCUAAGGGAGAAUCUCUGGAUUGGUCUCUUCUCGCUGUGCCGGUUGUGCAGGGUUUAGCUUGGAUUGUGUUGAGCUUCUCUGCUUUGCAUUGCAAAUUCAAGGCUUCUGAGAAGUUUCCAAUUUUGGUGAGAGUUUGGUGGUUUGUGCUUUUUGUCAUUUGCUUGUGUACUUUAUAUGUUGAUGGGAGAGGGCUUUGGAUGGAAGGUUCUAGAAGCCUUCAAUCUCAUGUCGUCGCGAAUUUCGCCGCCACCCCUGCUCUUGCCUUUUUGUGUAUGGCUGCAAUUAGGGGUGUUUCUGGCAUACAAGUUUUCAGAAACUCUGAGGCUCAGCAGUCAUUACUUGUUGAAGAAGAAGAACCAGGGUGUCUCAAGGUUACUGCUUAUGCUGAAGCUGGACUGUUCAGCUUGGCAACUCUGUCUUGGCUGAACUCACUUCUUUCAAUUGGUGCAAAGAGACCACUUGACCUUAAGGACAUUCCCCUUGUCGCACCGCAAGAUCGAGCCAAAACCAAUUACAAGAUGCUGAAUUCCAAUUGGGAGAGAUUGAAGGCUGAGAACAUGUCUACUGCCCAGCAGCCUUCAUUAGCUUGGGCCCUUUUAAAGUCAUUCUGGAAGGAGGCAGCUUGUAAUGCUAUCUUCGCUGGCGUUACGACUCUAGUCUCAUAUGUAGGUCCAUACAUGAUAAGUUACUUCGUUGAUUACUUGGUUGGUAAAGAGACUUUCCCUCAUGAGGGCUAUGUCCUUGCAGGGAUAUUCUUUGUUGCAAAGCUUGUGGAGACAUUCACAACUAGGCAGUGGUAUCUAGGAGUGGACAUCUUGGGUAUGCAUGUCAGGUCUGCUUUAACAGCAAUGGUGUACAGGAAGGGCCUCAGGCUAUCGAGCUUGGCCAAGCAAAGUCACACGAGUGGAGAAAUUGUUAACUACAUGGCUAUUGAUGUUCAGAGAGUUGGGGAUUACUCUUGGUACCUUCAUGACAUGUGGAUGCUUCCUCUGCAGAUUGUUCUUGCCCUUGCAAUUUUGUAUAAGAAUGUUGGAAUUGCUUCUGUUGCGACGCUGAUCGCUACAAUCAUUUCGAUCGUUGUGACCAUUCCUAUCGCGAGGAUCCAGGAAGAAUAUCAAGACAAGUUAAUGACUGCUAAGGAUGAAAGGAUGAGAAAAACAUCUGAGUGCCUGAGGAAUAUGAGGAUUCUCAAGCUGCAAGCUUGGGAGGAUAGGUAUCGGAUAAGAUUGGAGGAAAUGCGCGGAGUAGAGUUCACUUGGCUUCGGAGAGCGCUCUAUUCUCAGGCUUUCAUAACUUUCAUUUUCUGGAGCUCACCUAUAUUUGUUUCAGCCGUUACUUUCGCUACUUCGAUAUUGUUGGGGGGUCAGCUUACUGCAGGUGGUGUGCUUUCUGCUCUGGCUACUUUCCGGAUCCUCCAAGAGCCUUUGAGGAAUUUUCCAGACUUGGUAUCAACAAUGGCUCAGACAAAAGUCUCGCUCGAUCGAAUUUCCUGUUUCCUGCUGGAGGAAGAAUUGCAAGAAGAUGCAACUAUCAUCUUGCCACAAGGCAUUUCUAACAUUGCUUUAGAAAUUCAGGAUGGUGUUUUCAGUUGGGACACUUCUUCAUCUUCUAGGCCUACUCUAUCAGGGAUAAAUAUGAAAGUUGAAAAAGGAAUGCGUGUGGCUGUUUGUGGCAUGGUGGGUUCAGGGAAAUCGAGUUUUCUUUCUUGCAUCCUCGGAGAGGUUCCUAAGCUUUCUGGUGAAGUCAGAGUGUGUGGUUCUGUUGCAUAUGUCUCGCAAUCAGCCUGGAUACAAUCAGGAAAUAUAGAAGAAAACGUCCUCUUCGGGAGCCCAAUGGACAAAGCAAAGUACAAGAGUGUUCUUCACGCUUGUUCACUGAAAAAAGAUCUAGAGCUUUUCUCACAUGGAGAUCAGACAAUCAUUGGUGAUAGAGGUAUAAACCUGAGUGGUGGUCAGAAGCAGCGGGUUCAGCUUGCCCGGGCACUCUACCAAGAUGCUGAUAUUUAUCUUCUUGAUGAUCCCUUCAGUGCAGUUGACGCCCACACUGGAUCAGAAUUGUUCAGGGAGUAUAUAAUGACAGCACUAGCCGAUAAAACAGUCAUUUUUGUGACUCAUCAAGUUGAAUUUCUUCCUGCUGCUGAUUUGAUACUGGUUCUCAAAGAAGGCUGCAUCAUACAAGCUGGAAAGUAUGAUGAUCUUUUACAAGCUGGAACAGAUUUCAAUGCUCUAGUUUCAGCUCACCAUGAGGCCAUAGAGGCUAUGGAUAUCCCCACUCACUCCUCUGAAGAUUCAGAUGAAAAUUUAUCGUUGGAAGCAGCUGUUAUGACCAAUAAGAAAGCCAUUUGUUCUUCAAAUGAUAUUGACAAUUUGGCUAAGGAAGUGCAAGAAGGAUCUUCAGCGUCAGAACAAAAAGUAAUCAAGGAGAAGAAGAAAGCAAAACGAUCUAGAAAAAAACAGCUCGUUCAGGAAGAGGAGAGGGUUAGAGGCAGAGUUAGUAUGAAGGUGUACCUUUCAUACAUGGCAGCAGCAUAUAAAGGUUUAUUGAUUCCGCUCAUAAUCAUUGCACAAGCCUUAUUUCAGUUCCUUCAGAUUGCUAGUAAUUGGUGGAUGGCUUGGGCUAACCCUCAAACCGAAGGAGACAUGCCUAAAGUAACUCCGGCGGUUCUUCUUCUUGUUUACAUGGCUCUAGCUUUUGGAAGCUCGUGGUUUAUUUUUGUAAGGGCGGUUCUGGUGGCUACAUUUGGUCUUGCAGCUGCACAGAAGCUGUUUUUGAAGAUGCUUAGAAGUGUUUUCCAUGCACCGAUGUCUUUCUUCGAUUCUACACCAGCUGGAAGGAUCUUGAAUCGGGUAUCAAUUGACCAAAGUGUUGUGGAUCUUGACAUUCCUUUUAGACUUGGCGGGUUUGCUUCAACAACAAUACAGCUUAUUGGUAUUGUUGGUGUGAUGACAGGAGCUACAUGGCAAGUUUUGCUCUUAGUCAUCCCAAUGGCCAUUGCUUGUUUGUGGAUGCAGAAAUACUACAUGGCUUCCUCAAGGGAACUGGUCCGAAUUGUAAGCAUACAGAAAUCACCAAUUAUACAUCUUUUUGGUGAAUCUAUUGCUGGAGCGUCCACAAUCAGAGGUUUUGGACAAGAAAAAAGGUUCGUGAAGCGGAACCUCUAUCUUCUUGAUUGUUUCGCACGACCAUUCUUCUGCAGUCUUGCUGCUAUUGAGUGGCUCUGUCUGCGCAUGGAGUUGCUGUCAACCUUUGUAUUUUCUUUCUGCAUGGUCUUACUUGUGAGCUUUCCCCGUGGAACAAUUGACCCUAGCAUGGCUGGACUUGCUGUGACGUAUGGCCUGAAUUUAAAUGCACGUCUGUCACGGUGGAUACUUAGCUUUUGCAAACUUGAAAACAAAAUUAUAUCUAUUGAAAGAAUUUAUCAGUACAGCCAAAUUCCUAGUGAAGCGCCGGCAAUUAUUGAAGAUUCUCGCCCUCCAUCGUCAUGGCCUGAAAACGGGACAAUUGAAAUAAUUGAUUUGAAGGUCCGUUACAAGGAGAAUCUUCCUAUGGUGCUUCAUGGAGUAUCCUGCACAUUUCCUGGAGGAAAGAAGAUAGGAAUAGUUGGACGAACUGGCAGUGGCAAAUCUACUUUGAUUCAAGCUUUAUUUCGAUUGAUUGAGCCAGCAAGUGGAAGUAUCCUCAUAGACAACAUAAAUAUUUCAGAUAUUGGUCUUCAUGACCUUCGAAGCCAUCUCAGUAUUAUACCACAAGAUCCUACCUUAUUUGAAGGGACCAUUCGAGGAAAUCUUGAUCCUCUCGAGGAGCACUCGGAUAGAGAGAUUUGGGAGGCACUUGGUAAAUCUCAGCUUGGAGAGAUUAUCCGUGACAAAGGACAAAAGCUUGAUACACCAGUUCUUGAAAAUGGAGAUAAUUGGAGUGUAGGACAACGGCAACUUGUUUCUCUGGGUCGCGCACUACUGAAGCAGUCAAAAAUACUUGUGCUUGAUGAAGCAACAGCAUCAGUUGAUACCGCAACUGAUAACCUUAUCCAGAAGAUUAUCCGAACGGAGUUCAAGGAUUGCACCGUAUGCACCAUCGCGCAUCGCAUUCCCACUGUCAUUGACAGUGAUCUAGUUCUGGUGCUCAGUGAUGGCCGAGUCGCGGAGUUUGACACUCCUUCAAGACUAUUAGAGGACCGGUCAUCCAUGUUUCUAAAGUUGGUAAGCGAGUAUUCGUCACGGUCAAGCGGUAUACCAGAAUUUUAGAUCAGAUAAUGUUUGAAAACCUUCAAACUUGAUGGUGGCCAGAGCUUAAAGACAGUCCAAAAGCUGAAACAAGUGAUGACUCCCUUGCAUUGCAUGCAACUGCUGCAUUCGGCACAUGCAUAGACUGUGAUUACAGUGAGAGGAUGUUAGUUUUAGUCUUCUUCCCCUUGAAAAAGUUUUGAGGAGUUCAUGCAUGGUUAGCAUACUUUGUAACACGAAGUUAGAUGAUCUGUUAUUACACGAAAGCAAAGCUGAAUUGGGUUCAGUAAUAUGCAAGAAAGUAGAGUUGGUAGAAUGAGGCACUAGGCUUUUUCUUAGUUAGAAAAGUGUAGAGUUAAAACUAAUCUUGUGUAUUUCACAAUUUCUUAGAGAGUUUAGAAUUUAGCCUUUUUAAACUCAGAACCCCCUUUUCUUUUCUUUUUUCUCCCAAAACGAUAGUGGUAAUCUUUUUUAUGAGAAGUUAUCUAAUUUACUUUUUUUGUUAUGUUGAAUUGUAAUUGACUACUCUGUACAGAAUCAUUAGUAGGUGGUGAAGAAUCCUUCACAAUAAAAUGCAACAAAUGCUAUUUCCUUACUAGGCUUC